GAGCUGCUAGCUAUUACAUAGAGCCACCUACGACAGUCUUCGUCCCCUCCCCCCUCCUCUCCCACUGAACAGUACGUUAGACGUCUUAUUUUGUUAGAUAUCCCAACCCAAACGAAAAAAACAAACAAAAACAAAACAUGAGCCCUUCUGAGCCUGUCGCCGCACAACAGCAGCAGUCCGACCCUCCCGCAAAGCGAGUCAAGACCACCUCUGACGACGCUCCCGUCCCCGCCGCCAUGGAGCCCUGCCCGCCUCUCCAGGUCAAGAAGCUUUCGGACAAGGCUCGCCUGCCUACUCGCGGCAGCCUCUACGCCGCCGGCUAUGAUCUCUACGCCGCAAAGGCCACUACCAUCCCCGCGCGCGGCAAGGCCCUCGUCAGCACCGAUAUCGCCAUCUCCGUCCCUGCCGGCACUUACGGCCGCAUCGCCCCCCGCUCCGGUCUCGCCGCCAAGAACUUUAUCGACACGGGCGCCGGUGUCAUCGACGCCGACUACCGCGGCGAGGUCAAGGUCCUCCUCUUCAACCAUGCCGACGCCGAUUUCGAGGUUGCCGAGGGCGACCGCGUCGCCCAGCUCGUCGUCGAGCGCAUAUUCACCCCCGAGAUCGUCGAGGUUGCGGAGCUCGAAGAGAGCGUGCGCGGCGCUGGCGGCUUCGGCAGCACGGGCGUUGCUCUUGCGUAGUGGAGCUCUCAGCACAGAAGCAGGAUACCGACCUAUCUACCAUAUGGCUGUAGUUAGAUAGCAAGUGGUGGCUAGGUGGCAUCACCAUGGGCGAAAAACAAAGUGGGAAAGAAAAAAAUGGCGUGUUUAUAGAACAAGGGAUCAAAAAUAGACGAAUGAUGACUACGACCAUGA